GGUGCACACAGUGUGCAUGUGUCCCACGGUCCGUGAAGGCGUCCUGGCUCUCGGUUCUGCGGCUGUGGACGCGGAGCGGCGGCCCGCUGCACCUCAGUGCCGCGCAUCACUCUCCCGGAGCCGCAGUGACGAGGAGCCGGAGUCAUGGCCCCGGACAGUUGUCUGUUUGUGUGGUCUGAUCAGUGUAUCAUUGUGUGUCCCCUCUCCCUCCUCCUGCCAGUCACCCCAGAGGCCAUCGGCUUCCUGUCCGCCGUGGGCGUCUUCAUCGUGGCGUUGGCCGUCCUCUUCCUCUUCAUCAACAAGAAGCUGUGUUUCUCACGCGUGGGCGGACUGCCCUGCCUGGAGGAACAUGGCCGCCGCAAGAAAGGACGCCAAGGAAUCCGUCAGGGUCUCGUGGACAGCUACGGGGACAACGAUGGCCUCAGCUCCUCGGACAGCGAAGACGAGGUCCUGAAGCAGUUUGAGAUCUCGGUGUCGCGGUCGCAGAGUUUCCGCUGCACAGCGCCCAGCGGCAUCGAACCGCCGGCCCAGCUCACGUCCCAGCUCACGUUGGGUCGACGCCACAAAUUCACGCGACUGUCGGACCAGGAGGAGGGCAGCACCGAGCCGUCGGACUGUGAAGAGAUGGCGGCUCAGAACCAGUCGGGCUUCCAGGACCCGCUCUCGGCAGCGGUCGAGGAAAUGGAGAGGGCGUCCUCUGCCCCCCCGGGCAACCCGUCUGUCCACGAGACAUCAGACGCCAGGGACAGUCCCGCCCCCAGUAUGAGGCGACCGGCUGCAGAGGGCAGCGAGGACACGCAGCCGUCUGCGCAGGACCACGACCACAAUGACGUCACGGACAGCUCCUCCACCUGGAGCCCCGAGCAGGAGCAGCCUCCCAAAGAGGAGGCCUCGUCUGAGCCGGUCAGCUCCUUCCGACCCCCCAUCUCCACCUGUGCAGACCUGGUCCUGUCCCUGGAGUACCGGCCCGAGGUGGAGAAGCUGCUGGUGUCGGUGGUGGCGGCCCGGGACGUCCCGGACAAGGCUCGCAGCGGGAUGGACUCCUGGCAGGUGCACAUGGUCCUGCUCCCCUCCAAGAAGCAGCGGCACAAGACGUCGGUGCAGAAAGGUUCGAUGCCGCACUUCAACGAGACGUUCCGCUUCUCGCGCCUGGAGCCGUCCGACCUGCAGCUGUCGGCCAUCAGGUUCCGGCUGUACGCACUGGGAGGCAGGAUGUCCCGGGAGAAGAUGAUGGGGGAGAAGGUUCUGGGUUUGGGAGGACUCCACCCGGGCGGAGGGACGAUGGAGACCACGCUGGUUCUGGAGCCUCGCAGUAACCUCAAGAGCGUGGACUCGCUGCUGAGUCUGUCCACGGUGUCUCAGAGCGACAGCGCCUCGUCCACUCAGUCCCUGACGCACGGCGGCGUCCCCGAGCUGCUGGUCGGCCUCUCCUACAACGCCACCACGGGGCGCAUGUCCGUGGAGCUCAUCAAGGGCAGCCACUUCAGGAACCUGGCCGUCAGCAGACCACCAGACACGUACGGCCGUCUGUCUCUGCUGAACUCCAUGGGACAGGAGAUCUCUCGCUGUAAGACGUCGGUGCGGCGCGGUCAGCCCAACCCGGUCUACAAGGAGACCUUCAUGUUCCAGGUGGCGCUGUUCCAGCUGUCGGACGUCACGCUGCUGGUGUCCAUCUACAGCCGGCGCAGCAUGAAGCGCAAAGAGAUGGUGGGCUGGAUCUCUCUGGGUCAGAACAGCAGCGGCGAGGAGGAGCAGCUCCACUGGACGGACAUGAAGGACAGUCGAGGACAGCAGGUCUGCCGCUGGCACGUCCUGCUGGAGGCCUGACGGGAUCCAGGUUCUGCUUUAGGUGGAAGCAGGUUUAUUCUUUAUGAGAGGAAAGUGAAAGACUGACAGGACCAUGCAUGUGGCUCUUCACCUCCGUCCAAACCUGGAGGGGAAUCGAACCUUGUUUUGUGGAAACGUGAACAAAUUCCUCUGCUCCUGGAGGCUGAUGGAACUUCAGAUUAAAUAUAUUUUUUGUUGAUGAUUCAAAUUAACUAAAUCAAAGACAGAUGUUGCACAAUGAAGCUUUUGAAUUUGGAUUCUGUUGCACGAUUCUCCACUUUCCUUUUCUCGUCUAAUCAUAAAUGUUUUUGUAAACUUGAAGGUUUAGAGCAGAAAUGGUUUUAACUCCAUCAGCCUCAAGGAGCCGGGGAUUUGUCCUCUUCUGUCUUUGUCUUUGUUUCUGUCCCAGGAUCCUUUCAGAGACAAAUUUCAGUUAAAAAACAAAAACAAAAGCUGCAGAUUAGUUUGGGAAACUUCUGGAAAUGAAAGCAAGUCAACGAAUGUCCCCGAAAAAAUGACCUGUGAUAACAUUUACAGAUCCAACGUGCACAGCAACGUGCUGGGUUCAGGUGCACUGAGGUGAAGCAGAGAGCCACCGGGUCUCCGUCAAACCGUCUGAACACAAAGAGACCGAGAAGGAAAUGAGCGACACCAAUUAGGACCGAGACAUUUUAGCUUUUUGUGCGUGAGCGUGGUGGCUGCCUCAUGCACCUGUCAGUUGUGUACAUCCUCACAAGGUUCACAAAGACACAAACAGAAUGAAGCUAUUAGGAGACUGUUACGUCCGUGCACGUCGUCUGAGCUGUUAUAAUAAAUAGAACAAAGUCUGUAAGAUGGGAUAAAAAACACACAACAUAUUAACAGACAGAGGUUAACAAAAUCUAAAUCAUAGAUGUGGUAAAAAGUCUGAAACGUUUCCUGAUCUAGAGUCAGUUUAAAAACAUCGGGACGUUGUUCGUCUCCGUGGAGAAGACGAUUCCAAAAGAGGCUUUAAAACGAUCGUAUGAAAAACACGACAAACGUGUAGCUGGGUGACGGUGGAGCCGGCGUCCUGGUUCCUGUUUGUGAAAAGUAAGAGGAAGAGGAGAUGUUUCAUGAGUCAAGUGGAGGAAGAGGAGAAGGAGGAGGAAGAAGAGGAGGGGGAGGAGGAGGGGGAGGAGGGCGUCUCAUUCAUAUUCAACACUCAUUCAUAUUCUCCUGACACUCGUGUUACUACAGGAAGACCAGCAGCUGGAGACUCUUAACCGCGAUGGGAUGAGAGCCACCCCCCCCCUCACCCCCCCCCCCCCCCCCCAGUCAACAACACUGAACGAUGUUGUUUGGCUGCGCCUCCUUCACGAGUCAAAGCUCAUUCUAACACCGUCGACUCUGAGCUGAAAAGAGGCUUUAAAAUAUCUCACUGCAGCUGUUAAUAACAUGCAAUGAAUUACCCUGAGUGUGUGUCUGUGUGUGUGUGUGUAUGUGUGCGUCUCUAUGUGGUAAUUGGUAUAGUUACAGCUGUAGCAUCGUACAGUGCGAUGCCAUUAAGGCUCAUCCUCUUUCGCUCUGCGCAUCACUGAGUCAUACACAGCAGCUCAGCCCAGAGGAGGGGGGGGGGGGGGAUUAAAGCUGUUUACUGUAGUUACUCCAAAACCCUCAGGGGUUCAAACACCCACCGCAGCAGAGAUGUUUGUGUGAGCGUCCCUCCGCUUCCACCCCCGUGACACCGAGGCCUCUGUAGUAAAUUCUUCAUCAUCAAAAGGCAACAAGCUAAAUAAUGAAAAGUCCUUUAAAAUCAAACACAACAAAUUACACACAGAUCAGAUGAUACAAAAUCCCAAUUUAAAAAGACAACAAAUGAUAUCGCACAAAAUGAAUCACUUGAAAGAACUGGCAAAACAGAAGGAUCCAAAAAAAACACAAGUAAUAUGAAAGAAGUACAAGUUUCAGAUCAAUCAAUCAAUCAAUCAAUCAAUCAAUCAAUCAAUCAAUUUAUUUAUUCAGAUCAACUUAAUGACGACUUCUUCAGGAAUAAGUGAAGCUCGAGUGGAGAAGUUUUGAUAUAACCAUAUCACUUUGGUUAUAAUGAUCAGGCCCACACAGAACCUUUAGUUUUAAAAAGCUUUUAUUGGUUGUUGGUUCUGUUGAGAAAUGAUUCUAAACCCGGAGUCUUCAUCAUCUUCAUCGGGAAGAUGAGACUUAUGAACGGUUAUAAGAUUUCAAAUCAGCUCCUGUUCCACCGGCUUCAGAUGUGAGUGUGAACAAUCGACUGUGAAUAAAUAUGGACGACACAUCGAGAAACUAAAGACACAACAUCACAGACACGAGUCACACGCCACACGCUCUCGACCAAUCAGGGGUCAGUCUCAGCUGUCAAUCACGAUGUCUCAGCCCAUUUAUGAUCAAAUAACUAAUUAAAACCAAACUUAUUAGAGACUUGAACACUUGAACAAACAUCAGUGCGUUAAGAACUCAAAUCAAUGUAAAGAGAACUUAAGAUGUUUUGGUUUGGUCCAUGUCCCCUCUGCUGACAUGGAGGAGGCGGGGCUAUGUGACCUUUGGAACGUGACGUCCAUCUUUGUUUCCGGUCUGAGGUGUGAACAGCGAACGUGUUCUCUGCAUGUCCACUUGUACAGAAUCUAUAAUAUCUAUUCUAUAUUUUUUAAAUGGUCAGUGUCGAGUGUUCCUGAGUCUCUCCAGGAUUCCUCCGGUAGUUGCACAUCUGCAUGCUGUGUUCCAGAGCCGGCUGGUGCUCCAGAUGUGACCCAGCUGUGGAGUCUCUGAUGAAGUGCCUGUAACGUUUCCACAUGAAACUGAUCCACAGAGAGAAGUUUGCAUGCAGCCUCCUCGUUGUUGUUCCGUGGGACGAGGAUGUGUUUGCCCCCCCCCCCCGUCCCGAUGUCCAGGCCCCGACCCGGCACUGGAGUCCCCCCCCGCACCCCCACCCCCACCCUGGGAGCAGAUCCACCCCGGCUGGAGUCUGGUGCUGGUCCAGGAGCUCAGUCAGAACCAGGAGCAACUGUGGACAAACCAGUGGACUGAGCCUGGGACGGAUCACAGUCCUCGUCCCCUGGCCCGGGACGUGCAUGCCCCCCCUCCCCCCCCUCAACCCCCCUCUCAGCAUCCACAAAAAGCACUUUUUGUACCAAGUUUUGUCGUUGCCAAUAAAGGCCAGAAGCCCCCCCGCUGUGGGACGGUCUGUCUGCCAUCUGCUUUC